UGUGUCGCGAGUUGGGGGCGGGGCGGGCGCCCGUGCAGCCAAUCAGUUGGGGGGGGGGGUGGUCCCGAGGGCCGCCGGCGGACUGAACGGCGAGCGGACGCCCGACCUGGGACGGUUGCUGGGCAGCGAGCGGAGGCGAUGGCGACCGUGAUGGCAGCGACGGCGGCGGAGCGGGCGGUGCUGGAGGAGGAGUUUCGUUGGCUGUUGCACGACGAGGUGCACGCAGUGCUGAGGCAGCUGCAGGACAUUCUCAAGGAGGCCUCUCUCCGCUUCACUCUGCCAGGCUCAGGCACCGAAGGGCCCACGAAGCAGGAAAACUUCAUCCUGGGCAGCUGUGGCACAGACCAGGUGAAGGGCGUGCUGACUCUGCAAGGGGACGCACUGAGCCAGGCGGACGUUAACCUGAAGAUGCCCAGGAACAACCAGCUACUGCACUUUGCCUUCCGGGAGGACAAACAGUGGAAGCUGCAGCAGAUCCAGGAUGCCAGGAACCAUGUGAGCCAAGCCAUUUACCUCCUCACCAACCGGGAUGAGAGCUACCAGUUCAGGACAGGAGCAGAGGUCCUCAAGUUGAUGGACGCCGUGAUGCUGCAGCUGACCAGAGCCCGAAACAGGCUCACCACUCCAGCCACCCUAACUCUGCCUGAGAUUGCUGCCAGCGGCCUCACGCGGAUGUUUGCCCCCGCCCUGCCUUCGGACCUGCUGGUCAACGUCUACAUCAACCUCAAUAAGCUCUGCCUCACCGUGUACCAACUGCAUGCCCUGCAGCCCAAUUCCACCAAGAACUUCCGCCCAGCUGGAGGUGCUGCGCUCCACAGCCCUGGGGCCAUGUUCGAGUGGGGCACACAGCGUCUGGAGGUGAGCCACGUGCACAAGGUGGAGUGUGUGAUCCCAUGGCUGAACGAUGCCCUUGUCUUCUUCACCGUCUCCCUGCAGCUCUGCCAGCAGCUCAAGGAUAAGAUCUCCGUGUUCUCCAGCUACUGGAGCUACAGGCCUUUCUGAACAGAGCAACCAAGAGCCUGUCCCCCUGGGAAUGGCCCCUGCCCAGGGAGUCCCAGUCCCACACACACACACAUGGCCCCCUCCCCAAAGUGCCAGCCAGAGCUGGGCACUGCGGGCUAUUUAUUUUCCUUUUCACCCUGUCCUGCUUGUCACACCUGUACAGAUAGGACUGAACACUGGACCCACUGAAGGAAGGGUCACUAGCGUGCUUUUUGUUUUUGAUGGGGGAGGUCAGGAAGGUGGGGCUUCGAGGUGGUCUACAUUCCAAGUCCUGCCCUCCCCACAAGGCGGAAACCUGUGAAUGCAGGCUAGGCCCAGGCACAGGGCUCUCCUUCCUCCCCUCUUUGCCACCUGCCAAGCUCCCCCAGGAUGGCUAGGGGCAGCCACACACCCCUCCCACUGGAGCCUGGAGGGGGCGGGGUGUCCUUAAGCUCUGAGUUGGGAGGAGAGGACAGAAGCCACCCACCACAAGCUGUAGCGCCCUUGACUAUGUUUACUCAGCAACGCCCCUGGUGGGGCCUCCAAGAAAUAAAGAUAUCCGACUUUGCCUGGA